AUGAGUACAACAUCCAUCCCAGAUCCACCAAGCUGGUGGUAUUUACGUGGGUGGUGUAUCCUCCAAGGUCUAAAAGGGUUUGAGAGCAGUACCCUGACCGAAAAAGAUGUCCCUCGCAAGGACAUGCGCGGAAAAUGGGUGAUAAUAACCGGCGCAAACAACGGAAUUGGAUUUGAGGCCGCAAAAACAUUCGCAGAAUGGGGCGCAAAUAUAAUUAUGGCCUGUCGGGAGCCCCCGAAUUGGGAAACACACCCCUCUGAAGCAGUAGAGCAAUGCUUGGAUCUGGCUAAAUCCGCGGGUCAUUCGUCUAUCAUUGAGUGGUGGCCAAUCAACAUGACAGUCCUAGCCAGCGUUGAUGAGUUUGCGGAGAGAUGGCUUGCCACCGGCAGAGCUCUGGAUGUUCUAUGCAAUAACGCCGGGAUGGCCCCUUAUAACUCGGAUGAGACAAUGACUAAAGACGGGUUCCAGAUUGUGCAUCAGGUCAAUUUUUUAUCUCAUACCCUUCUAACGUUCCGAAUCCUUGAAUCUCUGGCUAGAAGUGCGGAGCCAAGAAUCGUCUGCACAACCUCCAAUCUACAUUUCUUCGGCAAGUUGGAGUUUGAGAUAGAGAACCUGCCCGUCCCCAAACAAAAAGGUCCUUACGAGAGAAACAAGCUGUACUACCAAAUCUGGAUCACUGAAAUGAAUCGUCGCCUUGUUUCAAGUGAAAAAUACAGACAUAUCACCAUCAACGGCAUCCACCCCGGAUAUGUCAAUUCGGGUAUCUGGAAUUUCUCGGGAACCAAUCAAGGAACAUGGCAGGAGACGAUAUUCAGAUUAUUAGCUGCAUACCUCACAAUUACCACAGAACAAGGUAGUUUCGCUAUUGUCAAUGCGGCUACUAGCGCUGAAUUUGGACCGAACCCUGAAAUUCAGGGUCGGGGAGAGCCCGGGGCUAAAGGGGGAGGUAAUUACAUUAAUCGAAUUUGGAAAGCGGUUCCAAUGCCUUUUGUUGACGAUGCUGGGACGAGAUUGCGGAUCUGGAAUGGGAUUGCCGCGGAGCUAAGAUCGGUAAAAGAGAAGCUGCAUGUCCUUGAGGAGCUUGAUGUUGAAAGUGUAUGA